CCGCCGUUAAACUGGCAAGGGAAAGCUGUGCGCACUUGAAAUAGCCGCCUUCCACUUCCGGUGCGUACGACGGCCAUCUUUUUCCGAUCCGUGUAGAGAAAUAAUUAAAUAAAUAAAUAAGUGGUGCAGUUUAUGGAGGAUUGAUAUGAAGAUUGAAUGAAACAAAGUAGUCAAUACUAGUUACAGGCUUUUUGCAAUUGUAAGGAUUUGGACACGUUUGCUUAUUUCGUGUGUUGUGCAAUGUCACUUGUUGAUUUGGGUAAGAAGCUGCUAGAAGCUGCACGUGCUGGUCAGGAUGAUGAAGUCAGAACGCUAAUGGCCAAUGGAGCUCCUUUUACCACAGACUGGCUUGGCACUUCCCCUUUACAUCUGGCAGCACAAUACGGCCAUUACUCCACUGCUGAAGUCCUCCUCCGAGCAGGAGUUAGCCGGGAUGCUAGAACCAAGGUAGACAGGACACCUCUUCAUAUGGCAGCAGCAGAUGGACAUGCCCAUAUUGUUGGGCUUUUGCUCCGGAAUGGUGCUGACAUCAAUGCUAAAGACAUGCUGAAGAUGACUGCUUUGCACUGGGCAACACAGCACAACCACCGCGAUGUAGUUGAGCUGCUUGUAAAAUUUGGUGCAGAUGUUCAUUCCGUUAGCAAAUUUGACAAAACAGCAUUUGACAUAGCCCUUGAUCAAAACAAUCACGAACUAAUGAUUAUAUUGCAGUACUUUAUCUCAGUUUGUAAUCUGAGGUUUUCAUCACAGGAGGAGAUGCAGAAUCAGGUAAACACCAACCCGGAGAGGAUGAACUCUGUAACCACUGCACUGCCUGUUGGCACCCCACAGUUUGUCAUAACGCAAGGAGGAGUUGUGAAUGUCUGCAGUCUUGUGACUUCUGCCAAUACCAAAACAACCUCAGGUGAAUCUCAUAUGUCAGCAGUACAGUUUUCGAAUUCUACAACAUCAGUAUUGGCAACACUUGCUGCUCUUGCAGAAGCUUCAUCUCCUCUUUCUGAGUCUAGCAGAGCUGGAGGCUUGGAAGAAGUGAUAACCACAGACUCUGUUGACUCAGCAAUACAACAGGUUGUUGGAAAUGCAGGUCAGCGAGUGAUCACCAUAGUAACAGACGGAGUGCCACUGGGUAAUCUUCAGACAACUAUACCAAACAGUGGCUUGGCCCAGCCAUUCAUAGUAACAAUGCAGGAUGGACAGCAAGUUUUGACAGUACCUGCUGGCCAGAUUGCUGAAGAAACCAUCAUUGCCGAAGAAUCGCCUCCUGCCAAGAAACCAAGGAUGGAGACCAUUAUAAGUAAUGCAGUGGUCAGUGAUGAGGAGUGCAUUGAAGGAAAGGAGAGAGAGUUGCUACAGAAGCAGUUACAGGAGGCAAACCGCAAGGCUCAGGAGUACCGACAGCAGCUUUUAAAGAAAGAGCAAGAAGCUGAGCAGUACCGUUUGAAACUAGAGGCCAUGGCAAGACAGCAGACAAAUGGUACUGAAGUGACUGUUGUUGAAGAAGUCUCAGAGGUUGCAGCUGAUACUGUCAUUCUAACAACAGAGGAUCUACAAGGUUCAGAAACCACAGUGUUGGAGACAAUGGAGCAGCAUUCUGAUAUAGCAUUGGAAACUGUGGCAUCAUAAUUGUUUUACAUUCACAUUUCUGGCUCCUGAAAGAUAUGCAAGUGAGAAAUGCAUCACAGAGGCUGGUCUGGUUCUUCCUUUCAGUUGCCUGGCAGAUAUCAAGUCUGAUGUAGGGGAAGUUGAAUAUAACCAGUAAAAUAUUUGGACUAAGUGGAAACAAGCCAUCUUGUCAGCACUGUGCAGAUUUUGCAGAACAGUUGGCAGUACUUAAUUUCAAAAUGUAGCUUUGGUGAUGCUUCCUUACAACUUGGAUUGGGGUGUUGAUAAAGAAAGUAUACUCUGACUAAUGGAAAACAAAGAAGCUUGUAAGGCAAUAAGUAUUUAAUGGAAACUAGUACCUCAGCACCACUUCAGUAAUUUUCUGAUGAAUUCUCUUGAGUUCACUAUACUGGAGUUCUGAGAUGUGCAUUGCUGUCUCAGGAAAGUUUGACAUCUAAGUGAUAUUGCUUGAAAGUUCUCUGCUUUAUGCAGCUUAACAUCUGGAGCUAUUCAAAAGCAUUUUCUGUUGGAAGAGAUGUUACAUGUUUUUAAUCUGAACUCAACACAAAGUGAGGUUUUACUACCUUAAAAGUGAACCACAAUGAUUUAUUUUUUACAGUUCAGAUAAAAAGAAUAAUAAAAAGUUAACGAAAAAAGACA